GUGAAUAACUCAACCUGAAAUGAGAGCCUAGCUGCCAGGAAAGAACAGCGGACAAGCUGUCGAUUAAAUAGGCCUAUUAUUGCAAAAUACAUGUAAAGAAAACAUAAAACGUGCCACACAAAGGGAAUAUAUAUAGCUGAAAUCACCUGCUCUUUGGAAAACAAAAUGAUCCGCUUCAUCCUGAUCCAGAACCGAGCAGGGAAGACCCGGCUGGCGAAGUGGUACAUGCAGUUUGAUGACGACGAGAAGCAGAAGCUCAUCGAGGAGGUCCACGCCGUGGUCACGGUCCGUGAUGCCAAACACACCAACUUUGUGGAGUUCAGAAACUUCAAGAUCAUCUACAGGCGCUACGCAGGUCUGUACUUCUGCAUCUGUGUGGACGUGACUGACAACAACCUGGCGUACCUGGAAGGCAUUCACAACUUUGUUGAGGUGCUGAACGAGUACUUCCACAACGUGUGCGAGCUGGACCUGGUGUUCAACUUCUACAAGGUGUACACAGUGGUGGAUGAGAUGUUCCUAGCAGGAGAGAUCAGAGAGACCAGCCAGACAAAGGUCCUCAAGCAACUGCUGAUGCUCCAGUCUCUAGAGUAGAGAACACCUCCGUUUUCCCUCCACCUUCACACCCUUCAUCACCUUCUCCAUCCAUCACCUCCACUUCCUGUCCCUAAGCUCCCCCUCCCCUUCUGCUUCUCCAGCAGAGCUCUGGUUCAGCUCAGUCAGCCAGACAGUCCAUCCGUCCUGGGCUGCCAGUUCUGCUGUUACUGGGUUAGUCUUCAUUGGUGGAGACUGUGAAAACAGUGCACCAAUCUGGCAACCAUCCCCCCUUUUUUCUUCCUUAAGUGUCACUACUCGUGUAGCUAACAAGCACCAUGAAAAAGAACUUUGUGUUUGUCUGGGAUUACCACAGCUUUCACUGCAGUCUGCUGAGAACCUGUUGAAGACCUCCAUCAGAGUAAAAGGGGUUGCUCUGACAAGUAGAUCCUUGAGGAGGGCAUUCUGGGUAUUUGAGUCUUAGUGUAUCACUCCCCUGUGAAUAUGAAACGUGGUUCAAAUUUUGUUUGACAUGAUAUUGAUGUACAAGACUGUGUUGAUUAUGUAUCUUAUGUGGUUCUGUCCUAUAUCCAAUAUGAUAUAAUACGUUAGGCACCCUUGAUAUGUAUUACGUAGGACCAAGAAAAUAAAGGGUCCCUGAAGUGCAAUCUUUUCAUUGAAGUCACUCAUCUCAAGCAUCAGAUCUGUCUGAUCCCGGUGACUGCAUAUGGUGCUUGUUAGCUACACCUAGAUAUAAUUUCAAUUCAAAUACACACCCCAGUAAUCUCAACAUAGACUGAGUGAUGGACAACACAAAACCAAAUAGAAAUCCCAGUCAAUGGAAAUAUAUAGCGAUAUAUUUGAGGUAAUAAGGCAGUACUGUGCGGUUUAGUUUUUGUAUGGUGUAUGGUAUGUAUACAGUGUAUCUUAUGUGUGUUUGAAACUUGAGUGCUGCCCAUUCCAAACCUCUAAGCCCCACCCUCCUGCCCAAUGUCCUGUGGUCAAGUACAAAUGCAUUCAGGCUGGAAAUGAUUCCAUUUCAAACCCUCCCAGUUUCUCAUACCAGUAUGAGCUGAGGUGUCUUUACUGACCAGUGGCUUAAUGAAUGACCACUACUCUGGGAAGGGUUGUCAUUCUUUUUACAACCCUAAAAUGUGUCCUUUCUUAUAUUAUUUCCUUGAGGCAACAUCUGAUCUAAUGAGGUUGGAUUGGUGUGUUUGCUUCCAUGCACAGAUUUGACCGAUGCAGCCCUCAUAAGAUUAGUGAUUUCUUAAAGGAAAGAUUGAUAGGAUCCAUUCUACAAAGACACUAUAGUCUGCUUCCCACCCUCUCCAUCAUCCUUCAACCUCCGACAUUCACCUUCACAUUUUUCAUGUGAUUAUAUUGUCUGUAUGUAAUUUUUUUUAUUCGGCUGUAGUAAGAGAUGUACUGCUGUCCCCGCCCCUUGAGUCAGUUAGGUAAUGAGGUGUUUAGGUGUUUCAUUGUCCUGUUGGUCAACCGGCCAUGCUCUUGUGUAUUCCAGUCGAUGUAUAUAAAAAAACUAACAUGAAAUACUAAAAUUGUUUUAAAGACCUGAAGUUUGUUACACGUUU